CAGGCCUUAUACCGACUGAGAUUUUACAGAAUCGUCUCAUCGCUCUUACGGUUUGCGAGUUGCGGUUUCUUGGCGAUCCCAUCCUCAUCAAAUUUAUGGGCCGAUGUAUUCCACCAUCAAUAUGGCUGGUUAAGCUUUCAAAGGAGUAAUCUCCACGAGCAGGAAAAAGAAAGGGAACUGUAGUUUUUCCGAAAGAAGAAGAGAUUAUCACCUUCAGCCUCUGAAAUUGAAUCACGCAUCAAUACAGUUUUAGGAGUAGAAGAAUUGCCCCAUUACAUAUUUUUGGUUCAAGCUCCCGAGAAAGGUUCCAAAUCAAGAAAAUACAACAGCACGUCGACGCAUGGCAGUGAGAGAAGGUUCAUGAGUUUCUCUCGUUAUGACAAAACGCAUGCUUAAUAGUUGCUUUCGUUGUCACCAUUGUAGGCUUUUUGAAGAAAAUAAGUCCCACGGAGUUUCUCCUCCCUCAUCUUUCCAAGCAGGUGUCAAUUCCCAAAGAUGACAUUUUCAUGGUAUAGGUCGGUGUCUCUAUGGCGUCAUCAACAUCUCAAAGAUAUUUUCCGAUGAAGAGUUGCCAACGUUUUCACCCAUUUGUGUCGUCGACUGAAGAGGCCGUUGCAUCAGACGGCGCCUAUAAAUCUGAAGAAAAAUAGUUAUGGUAGUCAAGAGGAGAGAUGGGGAGCUUCUCUUUCCUGUUGCCUGUCUUCAUUAUGUUGGUUGGAGUUGCGGCGCUUGGCCACAAGGCCCACCAACUGAACAGGAAUGAUUUCCCGCCAAAUUUUGUUUUUGGAUCUGGAACAUCUGCUUAUCAGGUUGAAGGAGCAGCUGCGGAGGAUGGGAGGAGUCCUAGUAUUUGGGACACGUUUACCCAUGCCGAAAUUGGGUUCUCUAACAGGGAAAAUGUGGGACAACAGCACUGCUGACGUAUCUGCAGAUCAAUACCACCAGUACAAGGAAGAUGUGAAGCUGAUGCAUGAUAUGGGGCUGGACGCCUACAGGUUCUCCAUCUCAUGGUCGAGACUGAUCCCAGGAGGAAGAGGAGCUGUCAAUCCCAGGGGCCUAUUGUACUACAAUAACCUUAUAAACGAGUUGCUCAAGUAUGGAAUUCAACCACACGUUACUCUUCACCAUUUUGAUCUUCCUCAAGUUCUUGAAGAUGAAUACGGCGGUUGGUUGAGUGAGAGCAUUGUGAGAGACUUCACAAUGUAUUCUGACAUUUGCUUUAGAGAAUUUGGUGACAGAGUGCCUUAUUGGAGCACCCUGAAUGAGCCGAAUGCUUUCUCUAUGGGGGCUUAUGAUAAAGGAAUUCUUCCGCCUCAACACUGUUCAAGUCCAUAUGGACUUAGGAAUUGCAGUGUCGGAAAUUCCUCCACAGAGCCUUAUAUUGUUACGCACAAUCAGUUGCUGGCACAUGCAUCUGUAGUUAAACUGUACAAGCAAAAAUAUAAGUCCAAACAGCAAGGACAGAUAGGCCUGACGAUCCUUGCAUAUUGGUUCGUGCCUAAGACAAACAGAACAGAGGAUGUUGCGGCCACACAAAGGGCUCUUGAUUUCAUGCAUGGUUGGUUCUUCAAUCCACUGGUGUUUGGAGAUUACCCUGAUACCAUGAAGGAGAAUGUAGGUCCAAGGCUGCCAUCCUUCAGCAAACGCCAAUCUGCACUUGUAAAGGGUUCAUUUGACUUCAUAGGGAUAAACCAUUACGUGACUAUGGCCAUUUCAGACGAUUGGCAAAGUGCAAGGAAUGAUACAAGAGACUACAUGGAGGACAUGUUAGCCUCGUUUGCGUCUAACAGCACAUCAUCAGGUUCAUGGCUUCCAUUGUUACUUCCAAACACGCCAUGGGGUAUGCAGGGUGUGCUGGAGUACAUAAAGACAAGUUAUAGAAACCCUCCAAUCUUUGUCCACGAAAAUGGAUAUGCAAUGCCGUAUGCGCUGAACUUGAAUGACACUGAACGUGUGAACUACCUGAAUGGCUACCUUGAAUAUUUGCUCAGAGCUGUAAGAAAUGGAUCAGAUACCAAAGGUUAUUUUAUAUGGUCAUUUCUCGACGUCUUCGAAGUGUUAUAUGGUUUCAAAGCUACAUAUGGCCUCUAUGAAGUGAACUUCAAUGACAAAGAGCUCCAUCGACAUGCCAGACUCUCUGCUCGCUGGUAUUCAGACUUCCUCAAUAAGAAGAGCGGCUGGUACAUUGAAGAACCUGCCAUUUCAGAAUCGCAGUCUGCUAAAUAUUAGGUCUUUUUAUUCACCCAUUCAUGCUCUGCCAUCAGUAAUCAUUUUUUGUUAAACUAGUGUUCAUGAUCUAAUCAACCCCUCCUUUUCUUCGUUAUGCUUUGACAAUUUUAAAUUUCAGUGACAAAUAUAGGCACAAGCAAUGUUUCACAUUGUACGUGUCAAAUAGUAUGUUGGAUGCAUGUCACCUGCUUUUAGCUCCAAGUUGUCCCUGAGAAUGGUACCUUUCGGCCCUUGUCCCCAUGGGCUAUUCUAGACAUCAGCUUGCACAAGAAGGUGACUCUUAAAAGAGGUUGAACCUAAGUUGAAGGAUAUAUUACUAUAUCAUUGCUUAUGCAGCUCAAGACCCUGAAGGCAGGGGAAUGGGAAGCUUUAGCCCUUUUUUCUGGAUGGUGGGUUGUUAACAUCUCGCCCACCCGGAUUGUUAUUAAUCUUAAAUUGCUUUGAAAGUCAACUGCAAACUUAAAUUUUACUUAUUUAAGAAAUUCCAAUGCAUCAGUCAAUUAAACUCUGUGUGUGUGUGCGUGCAAGGGCAGGCUGCUCAUCUUGUAUGUGAUGAUGUUAUGAGUUGUGCUCUAUCAGUGAACUCUUAGCAACUGAACUUGCACAAUUGGCAUCACAAAAGGGACAGUCCGUGUGGACUGUUCCAAGCAAUUAAUUUCUCACGUAAUUAGGAUGUCAAUGAAUUGGAUAUCGGGAGCCACAUAUAACUGAGGGGAGGCGCAGGACCACCCAGCUUGCCAGAAAGCAUUUAGAUGCAUAGAAAAUUGACCCUGUGGCCUCACCCCAACUAAAAGUUUUAGUCACAGGCUUCGCUAUUGGUUUGAACGACUUGUUGUGUGUCUUCCAAUGUGUCAAGAGCCUUGGUGUAUGAUCAACAGGAUUCUCCUGAAAAUGAGUGUCAGAGUGUGAGAAGCUCAAAGCACAGUGUGUUUGAACUUAAGGGCCCGUUUGAUUGCCCGGGUGAAUUCCGAUUUUUCGGAAAAAACCGUACGGGCGGGUAAAAUUUCACCCGCCCGACGAAAACUGCAUCAAACGGGGUGAAAUUCACCCCGUUUAACGCAUAAUGGGAGCGGGUGGAGUUCCACCCGCUCGACGCCCUCCCCCCGCGCUCGACACCCUCCACCCCCCGCUCGACGGCUCCCGACCAGACGAUGCAGAGGGGAAAGGGAGAAGUAGAGGGGGAAGGCGGAAGCAGAAGUCCACCGCUCACCCGCACCACCACCGCCACUCUGCCUCCAACCAUCGCCGCACCACCACCGCCGCUUUGCCUCCAACCAUCGCCGUUCUCCUUCGAAGAAGUUGAGGUACGCCAACCUCUUUCUCCCUAUUCUGUGUUCUCUCUUUUUCUAUUCGUCUCUGUCUCACGUUGGCGGACAGGGAGAGAGAGGGGCAGCGCCUUUUCCUUCUCAGUGGGGGUUUUGCUCAUUCCUUCUCCAACUAGACCAUCGAUUUCUCAUAGCUAAAUUUACAGAUUUCUGGAGUUCAGUGAAAGAUAACCCACAAAUUCUCUGUCAGAAGCUGCCCGGUGCCUCCAUUUCUGUUUAUUGUGUUCGUUGAGGCAGACAACUGAACUAAGGGUCGGGCUUUUUCCGGCGCUCUUUUCAGUUUUUGUUUGGGGGAUUAGGGUUUUUGAAUUGGGAAAAGUUGGGGAAAAUUUGAUUAUGGAUGCCGAUUCAUGGGCCGCUCGCUUUUCCAUCCAAAAUCCCUUACAAGGGAAAGGAAUUGACACGAAUCAACACACUUGGGACUUUGGGGGAGAUCCUGGAGACUGAAAACUAUCUUGUAUAAAUGUGUUGAUUUUAAUUUGAUGAAAUGUGCAUAAACAUGUUGAUUUUGA